UGAAUGAAUGAAGAUAUAGGUUGAAGCUUUUUCCUUUCUCUUUAUCAUUUUGUGGAUUUUCUCUUAAUCACGUGGGAAAAAGCUUUAAAAAUAUUAAAACGUGGGAAAAAGCUUUUAAAAUAUUAUGGUGGCUAUAGGCGUUUUGUCAUCAUGUCAAGGACUCGCACGAUUUUCAUUAUUUUUGGCAUCCAUUGAAAAAAGUUGAAGGUUUGUAUGGAGAUCUUCACGGAAUAGACAGAUGAGAAUUCCUCGCUAAGGGCUCUUGAAACUCUAGGAAUAUGAGAGAUUAGCCAUUCCUUUUGAGGCUUUCAGAGUCCUUCCAAAAUCCCAAAACAGUCUGUCUUCGAGUUUUUCCAAAAAUUUUAUGUUUCACAAUUUUCCAAGUAUCUUCUAAUUUCAGUUUGUUGAACUUACUCAGUUACUUGGCUUAGAGAAUCUGUAAUGCUCACCACCAACCUGUGCUGUAUGCAUUAACUUCUCCACCAUCCAUUUGUCACUCCAAUUUUGUCCUUCAGCCUUGCAUUCACUCGGAACAAGCUCUCGUCGGAACUCCAAUUUUCUAAUUUCAUGGCUAUAAAAAUCACUAGUGUUUUUUCAAGGAGGUGCUUGUUCUUGCUUUCGUUGGGGAAGAGGGCAGCGGGAAUGCGGAGAAAAAUUUAGAAAGCUUCGUCGGAGAGGAUAGUGACUCUGGAAAUGCAGAGAAAAAAGAGCUGUUGUAUUUUACAGUUUUAACCCCACUUAUCCCCGUUCGAUUUCGUGUAUUUCGUGAGCCUCAAGGGCUUCCCAGUAGCACGCCUCUUACCUCCAUAGAUCACCGAGCUCGAAGACUCCUAACAGCUUCACGCCAUUGCCCAUGGAGGUCCGCCACUCUCUCUCUUGCUUUCUCUGUGUGUGCCAUCGCAGAACCUCAUAUCCCUAGAUUCAUAGAUAAGUUUGCAAAGUGUCACCUGAUUGUGGCGCACAGAGCAUGGUGAUAGUUAAUGGAUGUAGCACUGCUCAAAGCCUAUUCCCUAUUUUCAUAUGUCGACAAGAGGAGAACCUCAGUCCGUUUGUAGCUCAAUAGGGUUUAUCCUAUGGCAGUGAAGACAUCUGAAGUGUGCUUUUGAGUUCAACAUCUCAGGGUUUUGGCUCGUAACCUUCUCUCUGUGUGAUCCCACUCAAACGAUGAGAUCUUCAAUUACUUAUUCUCCAUGCCUUACCCGCUCCUUUUUAAACCCUAAAUCGCUCUGCUCGCAACCACAAUUUCCCAAUAUAGCACCCAUCUCAGAGCCUCCAUCUUCAGAUAAUCCUAAUCCGAACGCCUACUGUCCCCAGGAAAUCGAUUCAGAAUCUAACUUUCCCACAAAACCCACCACAAAAUCAGAAGUUUCCAUCAGCGCAUUUUUCCUAGAACCCAAACAUGCAGACGUCGCUGCAGAAAUUUCUCAAAACUCGGUUUUGACUCAAGCCCACGUGAUAAACAUCCUUUUGAGUCACAAGAGCGAACCAAGAUCGGCUUUGAAGUACUUCAAAGGGGUCGAGAAAAAGCGAGGCUUUGUUAAAAGCGUGGAUUCCUUCUUUGUUUUGCUGCACAUUUUGGGGGGUUUUCCGCCGACCCAUAAAGCCGCUCAAAAUUUGCUUAAUCAGUGGGUCUCGGGCGAUUCUUGUCCUGCCCCAGGUGUUUUAGUUGAUCACUUAGCAGAAUGCUCUAAAAGGUUCGCGUUUGGGUUAAAUCCAAGGUUGUUUAAUUAUUUGUUGAAUAGUUAUGUUAGAGCCAAUAGAAUAAAAGAUGCCAUGCUUUGUUUUGAUAGAAUGAUAGAGAGUGAUAUAACUCCUUGGGUACCCUAUAUGAAUAUUCUUUUGACGGCAUUGGUAAGAAGAAACUUGUUCAAUGAAGUGCGAGAGGUGCAUAAUAAGAUGGUAUUGAAAGGAAUUAGCGGUGAUUGCUAUACGGUGCAUGUGAUGAUGCGUGCGGGUUUGAAGGAAGGGGAGGCUGAGAAGGCGGCGGAGUAUUUUAUAGAUGCAAAGGCUACAGGUGUAGAACUUGAUGCAGCAGCAUACAGUAUUGCUAUUCAGGCAGCUUGUGUGAGACCUGAUUGGAGUUUGGCUUCUGGGUUGUUGAAGGAAAUGAGAGAAAUGGGAUUUGUUCCCUCCGAGGGUACAUAUACUUCUGUUAUUGGGGCUUGUGUGAAGCAGGGAAAUAUUGUGGAGGCAUUGAGGCUUAAGGAUGAGAUGUUGAGUUGUGGGAAGCCAAUGAAUUUGGUUGUGGCAACAAGUUUGAUGAAAGGGUAUUGCGUGCAAGGUGAUCUGAAUAGUGCUUUGGAUUUGUUCAAUAAGAUUGGUGAGUUUGGGCUCUCACCAAACAAGGUAACGUACUCAAUCUUGAUUGAAUGGUGCUGUAACAAUGGGAACAUGGAAAAGGCCAACGAGCUUUACACCCAAAUGAAAGACAAGGGUAUCCAGCCGAGUGUCUUUAACGUGAAUUCCUUGAUCCGUGGAUUCUUAAAAUCUCGCUCUCUUGAAAAUGCGUCCCAGUUGUUUGAUGAGGCAAUCAAAUGCGGUAUUGCCAAUGUGAUCACAUAUAAUAAUCUUUUGUCAUGGUUCUGUGAAGAAGGUAAGGUUAAUGAGGCUCAAAGCGUAUGGGAAAAGAUGAUCAGAAAUACUGUGGUGCCCAAUGUAGUUUCACACAACAACAUGAUACUUGGCCAUUGCAGAGAAGGGAAUAUGGAUGUUGCAAACAGUGUAUUUCUAGAGAUGGUGGAAAAGGGCUUAAAACCUAAUGUGAUCACAUAUUCUGUUUUGAUGAAUGGGUAUUUUAGAAAAGGAGAUACUGAACGUGCCUUUGAUUUGUUUGACCAAAUGGUAGGUGCAAAUAUAGCUCCCACAGACUUCACAUUGAACACUAUUAUCAAUGGCUUAUGCAAAGUUGGCCGCACAUCUGAGGCAAGGGAUAGGUUGAAGAACUUUGUUGAUGGGGGUUUUGUUCCCAUUUGUUUGACUUACAAUAGCAUCAUACAUGGAUUUGUCAAGGAGGGUGCCAUUAAUUCUGCAUUGGCUGUAUACAGAGAGAUGCAUGAAAGUGGAGUUUCCCCCAAUGUUGUGACAUACACGAGCUUAAUUGAUGGGUUUUGUAAAAGCAAUAAUAUUGAUCAUGCUCUGAAAAUGAGGAAUGAGAUGAAAAAUAAGGGUCUUGAAUUGGAUGUUAUCGGAUAUAGCACUCUGAUUGAUGCAUUUUGCAAAAGGCGGGACAUGGAAAGUGCACGUGAACUCUUCUCUGAACUCUCUGAAGUUGGUUUGGCUCCUAAUACAGUUGUGUACAAUAUCAUGAUUAGCGGCUUCAGGAAUCUAAAUAACAUGGAAGCGGCUCUUGACUUACACAAGAAAAUGAUAAAUGAGAAUGUUCCUUGCGAUUUGCAAACUUACACGACAUUGAUUGAUGGAUUGUUAAAAGAAGGUAAAUUGCACAUUGCAUCUGUAAUUUACUCGGAGAUGCUUUCCAAGGGUAUUAUGCCUGACAUUGUCACCUAUACAGUUCUGAUAAAUGGUCUUUGUAACAAAGGACAGGUAGAAAAUGCACAUAAGCUUUUGGAAGAGAUGCAUGGGAAGUGCAUGACUCCUAGUGCUCUUAUUUAUAAUACUUUGAUUGCUGGACACUUUAAGGAGGGGAAUCUGCAAGAAGCUUUUAGACUACAUGAUGAGAUGCUUGACAAAGGUGUUGUACCUGAUCAGAAUACUUACAAUAUUCUUGUGAAUGGGAAGGCCAGGGGAGUAAAUACUCUUUCUGCAGAUUCAUGACCUUAAGUAAUUGGUUCACUGGUUAUAGUGUAUGGAGACGUUGCAUUCAGUUUGAAGAGGCUCCACUGAAUAUUAUUCGAAAUAGUCUAAUUCCUUUGAUCUUACUGAAAUUUGAGGUGCCCAGGCUCACUUGAAUUGCAAAGCGCUGAGAGAAAAGUUCUUGAUCUCAAAUAAAUGCCAAAAAAGCCAAAAAAGAAGGAACUGUUGCCAGCAAACUGCCUCGAAUUAAAGGCUGUAGAUUUAUACACAAGAAAAGAAUCCUAAAUGAGGGUUUUAGUAUUCAUUAUAUCCUGCACUGCAGAGAGAAUUGGUUGAGGCUUAAACAUCUCAUUAAGCAUGUGAAUAAAUUUUUGUUUUGUUUUGUUUUGUUUUUAAGCUGUUAUUUCAUUUUAUACUGAUAUCUGCUUACUUGUAUUUCAUUUAUUCUCCCCUCCCUUUUAUUUACUGGUCUUGCAAGCUGGGUUUUGGUUCAAAAUUCAAAUGACUCUGGAUUGGUCUUAGUUCGGUGAUUUUGAAGGUAAGGCCAUGGUGCUUCCUCACCCAGAAAGCAGCGUAGAAAACUGCCCACAACAUGACUAAAUCAUUAUUAGAAGGAGCAAGAUCUCUCUCCCCAGGAUUGCUAAUUUUUUACUCAUACUCUUUGGGUAUUUUGUCCGUGAAUCGACCUCGAUGCAAACAACAAGAACAUCUCUUUCCCAGCACUGAAGCUUUGUUUUUUCUUUCCCAACACUGUUUUUACAUAGUUGAUUGGUCUGAUGUCAAUAUAUUAUUGUUGAGAGGUUUUUCUAUUUAUAUUAUUGUUUUAUUUUAAUAUU